UGGGAUUUCCCUUCCGGUUCAAAAAUUGACGAUCCGCGACCUUUCACAACACGUGUGUUUUGUUUAUGCUAAAACGAUGACUGGAGUCUUCAUUGCUGUUCAUGCAGGUGCAGGCUACCACUCCAGGGACCGGGAAUCAGAGUACAAGAAAGCUUGUGCUGAAGCAUGUUCUAAGGCACAUGGAGUACUGACAACUGGAGCUUCAUCUCUGGAAGCAGUCAUGGCUGCAGUUAUCUCCCUUGAGAACUGCCCUCUGACUAACGCAGGCACUGGGUCUAGCCUGACAUUAGAGGGAGAGGUGGAAUGUGAUGCCAGUAUUAUGGAUGGAAGGUCACUGUUGUAUGGAGGUGCUGGCUGUGUUACAGGUGUGAAAAAUCCUAUUCUUGUAGCCAGAUCUUUACUUGAUGAACAAAAGAAAGGAUGUCUGUCUCUUGGAAGAUUACCUCCAAGUGUGUUAGUUGGUGAAGGAGCACGCAAAUGGGCACAGGAUAAUGGAGUCGAGCUGAUCGAAAACAAACAACUGAAAACAGAUUCCUCAUUGAAAACUUAUGCUUCCCACAAAAGGAAACUAGAGCAACAUGAGGAAAGAAUGAGGAGGAAGAGAGCAAAAUGGCUGACUGUACCUUCUUCCAAGGCCUGUAAUGAGGAAGAUACACCUCUUCCUUGCAUCAGUGAAGAUGUUCAGGAUACUGUAGGAGCUGUUGCCAUGGAUUCUGAAGGAAACAUGUCUGCUGCUGUGUCUAGUGGGGGUAUCUCGCUGAAACACUCCGGUAGACUUGGCCCUGCUGCCAUGUACGGUGCAGGAUGCUGGGCGCACAACUGGAAAUCUGACAAAAAGGCAGGGGUGGCCGUUGCAACAUCAGGAAGUGGAGAACACCUGAUGCGAACCCUGUUUGCCCAGAAGUGUGCCGAGUGUGUACAGACACAGGACAGUGGAAGUCUGGGGGUCAGCACUGCCUUCCGUGACCACUUUCUAGAGUCUGACUACCUAGCCAGUGUUACACAGAAGUUGGGAGGGGUACUUGCACUGAGACAGGACAAGGAAGAAGGUUCAGCUAUCAUGUUGGAGGUGAUCUGGGGUCAUACAACUGAGAGUAUGUGUGUUGGAUACUGGGGAAGUGAUACACACAAACCAAAGGUACUGGUAUCCAGACUUCCAGAGAACAGUGAAGCAGGAAAAUCGUUUAAAAUGGAGGGAAAAGUUUUCUCUGUGACAUAAUCACACAGUUUCUGUGAUACAAUAUAAUUGUGAUAUUAAUA